AGCUGCCCGCCCGCCAGCCCGGGCCGGCCCCCUGCCGCCCCCGCCGUCCCCACCGCCGCCUGCCGCCCGCUGGCCGCCCACCCGCCCGGCUCCUCCGGCUGCCUCCGCUGCGCUGUGCUGCGCUGCCUGCGCCCAGGGCUCGGGAGGGGGCCGCGGAGGAGCCGCCCCCCGCGCCCGGCCCCCGCCCGCCCCGGCCCGGCCCGCGCCAUGGGGCUCUGGCUGCCGCCGCCCCCGGCGCCGCCCGGCUAGGGCGAUGCGGGAGCCCCAGGCCCGUGGCCCCUGUGGGCACCAUGGGCCCCCUGCUCCGCCGCCUGCUGCUCGCGGCGCUCCUGCAGCUGGCCCCCGCCCAGGUCUCUUGUCUCCCGCAGGCGCCCGGCUCCCAGCCUGAUGCCGCUGGCCACCAGAAGAAAGUGGUGUCAUGGAUAGAUGUGUAUGCUCGUGCCACCUGCCAGCCACGGGAGGUGGUGGUGCCCCUAACUUUGGAGCUCAUGGGCACUGUGGCCAAGCAACUGGUACCCAGCUGCGUGACUGUGCAGCGCUGUGGCGGCUGCUGCCCUGACGAUGGCCUGGAAUGCGUGCCCACUGGGCAGCACCAAGUCCGAAUGCAGAUCCUCAUGAUCCGGUAUCCGAGCAGUCAGCUGGGGGAAAUGUCCCUGGAAGAACACAGCCAGUGUGAAUGCAGACCAAAAAAAAGAGAGAGUGCUGUGAGGCCAGACAGGGCUGACACUCCCCACCGCCAUCCCCAGCCCCGCUCCGUUCCGGGCUGGGACCCUGCCCCCGGAGCACACUCCCAAGCUGACAUCACCCAUCCCACUCCAGCCCCAGGCCCCUCUGCCCACGCUGUACCCAGCACCACCAGCGCCCUGACCCCAGGACCUGCCGCUGCCGCUGCCGACGCCGCAGCUUCUUCCGUUGCCAAGGGCGGGGCUUAGAGCUCAACCCAGACACCUGCAGGUGCCGGAAGCUGCGAAAGUGACACAUUGCUUUUCAGACUCGGUGGGGCCACUUGCCUCACAGGCCACACUCGGAGGGGAACUAAAGGGCCUGGCCUCUCAGAGGGCUUUCUGGCCAUCUCUUGUCUCUGCAAGGCUGCCGUCCAACAUGGUGGGCAGAGUUGGAUGAGACUUGGAGGCAGCAAGAGGGGUCGCGUACCAACUUGGGAGAGAACGGGGUCCUAUGUCAGUGUUGAACCGCCCUGUGUCAGUGUGCAGCUUACAGCUGGCCCCUCCUUGCCCUUACUAAGAAGACCCUGAUGCUCUGCAAAUAAUGGGAGUUGGGCUUUGGUAUGAGAACUGUGACAACGCCCCCCCGCCCCUCCGACCCUGAUAAAAGAGAUGGACAGAG